AAAAUGGAAGAAACAAACCAGUCCGUGGUGUCUGAGUUUAUUUUUCAGGGACUUUGUACCUCAAGGGAACUGCAGAUUUUUCUCCUGUUGCCAUUUUCAACCCUCUACCUGAUGAUUGUGGUAGGCAACAUCUUUGUGGUGAUUUUAAUCAUCAUUGAUCACCAUCUCCAUUCUCCUAUGUACUAUUUGUUGGCCAAUCUCUCAUUUGUUGACUUAUGCCUUUCUUCAGUUACUACCCCCAAACUGAUCACAGACCUCGUAAAAGAAAAUAAAACCAUUUCCUUUGGGGGCUGCAUGAGCCAGAUCUUCUGUGUACAUAUAUUUGCAAGGGGUGAGAUGGUGCUUCUUGUAACAAUGGCCUAUGACUGCUAUGUGGCCAUCUGUAGACCACUACACUAUAUCAGCAUCAUGGACAGAAAGAAAUGCAUUUGGCUCAUUUUGAUAUCAUGGAUCAUUGGAUUCGUGCAUGCCAUGAGUCAACUGAUUCUGAUUUUUGAACUACCUUUUUGUGGACCUAGAGUGAUAGACAGCUUUUUCUGUGAUAUUCCUUUGGUGUUGAAAUUAGUCUGCAUGGAUACUAAUACUCUAGAAAUUAUGAUAAAUGUUGACAGUGGUGUUUUAGCAAUGACUUGUUUCAUUCUUUUACUGAUAUCUUACACUUACAUUCUAUUAACUGUUCGGCUUCACUCUAAAGAUGGUUCAUCAAAAGGCUCAUCAAAAGCACUCUCUACCUGUACCUCCCAUAUUAUAGUAGUUUUGCUAUUCUUUGGGCCUGUCAUUUUCAUCUAUCUGUGGCCUGUCAGCAUCAUUUGGGUGGACAAGUUUCUUGCUGUAUUUUACUCAGUCAUCACACCUCUCCUGAAUCCAGCCAUCUAUACACUGAGAAAUAGAGACAUUAAGAAUGCCAUAAAGAAGUUAACAAGUCCGAUGUACGUUUUGGAAUAA